AUGGAGACCCGCGCCCGCCGCAGAAGUUCUUCCGAACCAGGUCUGCGCUCCUCGGGACCUGUAAUCGUUGGUCCACAGACGUACUGGAACAGCGGGCGCAGCAUUCGCGAGGGUGCCAUUCAGCCGAGGCAUGGCUUAAAGUGGAGCGAGGCCGAACGUGUCCUCCACAAGUCACCACCACAUCCGGGCCCGGGGAACUAUGAUGUGAAGAGGCCCAUCGGUAGCAUGUCGGCGCAGAGCUUCCCGAAAGCCCAGCGAUGGGCAAGGUUACCCAAGAGGCGAGGCCCAACGGCACCUCCGUAG